CAGAAAGAAAAGUUGUUGGGAAAAAUCGUCCCGUGAAUGUUGAGCAUUUUUUGCGGAUUUUACUGUUUAAUUUCGUGUUUAUUCCUAAUUGUAGAGGCUUUUUCGUUGUAGAAAGCGUUUAGUAAAGAUGGAGGUAAAUCUCGAUGAGCUGACGAACGACGAGCUACGGGUCCAGUUGUUGAAGCACGGUAUGGCGAACCUGCCAGUAACGAGCACCACCCGCAAGGUUUUGUUGAAAAAGCUAAAGAACCAUCUUGAAACCAACGCCGGCACUGGCACGCCCACGAAGGGUCGACGCGAAACGAUCAACAUAGCCCGGUACUCCUCCGAUGAGGACGGUAACGAGUCGGUUAAUACCGUCGCCAAAAAAACUCCGGCCAAAAAGGAAGCGGCCAACAACCGUCGAGCUACUUUUGCAGGCGCAGCUCCGAAACCGGCCAAACCGAUACCUGUACCAGUUCAGCCAGCCGCAAAGAAGCUACCGGAUGUAACGGUGACGGCUGAUAUGGAACCCGAGGUCGGAUCGAAACGCAAAUCUGGCCGCAUAACGCCGCUAAAGGGAAGGAUGGGCAGCGAUUCCGCUCGAAGCAGCACUCCGGCCAAGAUCAAUAGCGCGGAAGUGGCUGCCCUUCUUGAGGAUUCCGACGACGACAUGAUGCUGUUAUCGCAGCUGUCUCGUCGUGAUCGCAAAUCGAAAAGUCCUUCGCUGACGCGGGCCGAUACGGUGACGACAUCGUAUAUCAAUCAGCAGGGAAGGAUGGGCAGCACACCGGCCAAGCUCAACAGCGCGGAAGUGGCGGCCUUUCUCGAGGAUGCCGACGAAGACAUGAUCCCGUUAACGCAGCUGUCUCGUCGUGAUCGCAAAUCGAAAAGUCCUUCGCUGACGCGGGCCGAUAUGGUGACGACAUCCUACAUUCAUCAGCAGAUAUCGCAGCAGCCACCGAUCUUGGAAGAGAUGGAAGUCGAUACGGAAAAGUCGGAACUAGAAACGAUCGUUUUGGACGAUGAUGUGGAGAUUGUAGAGGCUCCUUUCCAGUUACCUGCUGCAUCGGCUGCCCCUUCCGUCGUUAAAGAGGCCCUGUACAAUCGAACAACCAGCGCUACAGUUGCUGGUGGCUCGCAUCGAACGUACGAAUCAGCAGCGGCACGACGUACGCCCACAGAGGAUCCAUACUCGGACCUGGCACACUUUAAGCCUCGCAGUACCAGCAGCGUUAGUGGCACGAUGGCUUCCACAAGACCGACACCCAACAUCACAUCGUCAACUUAUCGCACCACCACGGCCACCGUUCGCGACGAUCCGCCAUUCAACCCCAGCGACUCACCGUAUCUCAGCGAGUUCACCAAGCGGCUCUCCCGUUUACGAGCUGAAACAGUCCAGCUCGGUGAUGGCGGUGGAAGCCGCGAAUCACCCUCGCGUCGGACGACGAUGCAUAUGGGCGAUCCGGAGUUGGUUAAGAUGCGGUUGCGAUACCCGGAGGAGGCUAAACCUACUCGAUUCUCUACAGUUGCCACCACGAACACAGCAGGCGGGAAAAACAUCCGUGCGUCCGCUCGUCAAAGCCUACUUGCACUGGAUCAGAAGUACGCGAUCAAAAAGAUAUUCUACACGAUCAUGGUCCUGCUGGUGGUGAUCUUUCUGUUUGUAUUUUUCUUCCUUUAAAACCACCCUGCAUUUUAACUAUGCUCUAGCAUUUCAAUACUAAACAAUUGUUCAAUUGUCCUGUUCAUUACUUUUUUCUCACUCAUUUGCUUUGUAAUAAACUGCAAUUCAAGAA